AUGGGCGCUCAUCACAUGUCAUGGCUUGUUGUUCUCCGUUUGCCCCGGACUGCUUCAUUCCUUUAUCGCACUGCUUUUGCUUACCCAAAAACAUCAUCAUCUACGCCGGGGAGGAGAAGUCUGGGAAGGAGGCCACACAUUUGUACUAUGGCCGAGACCUUGCUACAGAACAUUCCAAAAUACACGCUGCAGCACACUCUAAACACGCCAGCUCCCAUCACAGCGCUGGCAUUUGGUCAUUCAGGACAUCUGUAUGCUGCAUCAGGCACGUCUAUCGCACCGUCCUCGACACACAGACUCCUGGGAUCUCAAACAGGCCCCCCAGAUGAUGGCUCGCUCCGGGUCUAUGAUCUUUCCUCAUCCAAAGUUGUGAGAGCAGUGCAUGGUUUAGGCGAGGAGAUCUCGUCCCUUGCCUGUCUCAAAAGAGCGGGGUCGGAGUUGCGGGAUGUCUGGUUAGCUUUAGGAUGCAAGAUGCUUCUAUUCAGGAUGGAUCAGGAGAAACUUGUCCAAAUCGAGGCAGAUGCUCUCGAAGUCAUCGAGGUGGAAGACAAAGGGGAUGAUGUAUUGAAUGAGAUUUGUGGCCUGGUCAAAUUCAUUCCAGAUAGACCACGAGAGAUAGUCAGCGGAGGAUACGACAGUUGCCUCUUGCACUUCGAUUUCGUUCAAGGUACAGUCCUUUCCAGGCGAGAAAUACCUGUGGCUGCAUCAACAGAGGGCAUGUCCCUUUCUCCUCCAUUUCUGAUGUCUGCGGCAUUCGGUGGGACAGGCGUUAUGGCCGCGGGAACUGCUGAUGGACGUAUUUGGGUCGGCUGCGGUGGUGAGAAGGGUGUCAAGGCCGCAAAAAAGCGCCGAAAAUGGGACGGCCUCGAUCCUGGCCACGAACUGAUCGAGAAGGUCAGUGAGGGACCUAUCGUCGCAAUGAGCUUUUCCGACCCGUUGACGGUGACUUUUUCCACUCUACUCGGGACAGUCAGCCAGUACACGAUUUUUCGUCAAGACGAUGAAAGCCACCUCGUGAACAUCUGGCAAGAAAGCACAGGUGUCGCUAAAACAAAUGCUCUUGUAGUCGAUCAACAUCGCUUCGUAGUCGCCGGACUCACAAGCAACGCUCGAGGAAUUAUUGAGAUGUGGUGUAAAUCUUAAGGAUAUUAGGGUUUACAUGCGUGAAUGCAAUAAAUCUAUAAUCUACGCUACUACUAUGAUCC